GGAAAAACUGGAGCAGGGACCCUGGCGGCAGGUUGUUAUUUUCGGGGACUCGGCGCCGCGCGUCCUGCUUUCCUGUCAUCGCAAGGCAGGCAGCCCGCUGCUUCCCGCCGCUGCAGCCUCCGUUUUGGGGAGUACAAAGAGCGAAGGGCGGGCUUGACCCAGGGUUGGGGUCCGGCCGUGGCCGCCUGGUGCCGGCCGAGCCGCUCCGCUCUUUUGCUGGCCGCGGCGCAGUAAGGUUCAGGGAAACAUCCGCCUGCCAUGAGCCGGCGGGACUGAGAGCCGGCGACUAGGAGCAGCGCGGGCGAGCGGAGCGAAGGACCAGACCGGGCUCAGGGAGUGCGGCCCACGGCCCCCGGAGCUGCAGAUCCGAGCCGGGCAAUGAUCCGGGGUGUGGAGGCGCCGAUGGCGGACAACCCGCCGCAGCCGCCGCCCGUCAUCUUCUGCCAGGACUCCCCGAAGCGGGUGCUGGUGUCGGUCAUCAGGACAACCCCGAUCAAGCCCACAUGCGGCGGCGGAGGGGAGCCGGAGCCACCGCCGCCGCUCAUCCCCACCAGCCCCGGCUUCAGCGACUUCAUGGUGUACCCGUGGCGCUGGGGCGAGAACGCGCACAACGUGACGCUCAGCCCCGGGGCCGCCGGGGGCGCCGCCUCGGCUGCCUUGCCCGCCGCCGCCGCCACCGCCGAGCACCCCGGGCUUCGGGGCCGGGGCGUGCCCCUGCCCAACGCCUCGGCCGCCGCCGCCUCGGGAGGGGAGGACGAGGAGGAAGCGAGCAGCCCGGACAGCGGCCACCUCAAGGAUGGAAUCCGGCGUGGUAGACCCAGAGCAGAUACUGUACGGGAUUUGAUAAAUGAAGGAGAGCAUUCGUCCAGCAGAAUCCGCUGUAACAUCUGUAAUAGGGUGUUUCCACGGGAGAAAUCACUUCAGGCUCACAAAAGGACUCAUACAGGUGAGAGACCCUAUCUGUGUGACUAUCCAGACUGUGGAAAAGCCUUUGUUCAAAGCGGACAGCUCAAAACACAUCAGCGUCUUCACACCGGAGAAAAACCUUUUGUUUGUUCAGAAAAUGGCUGCCUGAGUAGAUUCACCCAUGCAAACCGCCACUGUCCGAAGCACCCUUAUGCCAGGCUGAAGCGGGAGGAGCCCACGGAUGCUCUCAGUAAGCCCCAGGCUGUGGACAACCAGGCUGCCGCCGAGUGGUUGGCAAAGUACUGGGAAACCCGAGAGCAGCGAACCCCGACCCUGAAAGGAAAGCUGGCUCAGAAGGCGGACCAGGAGCAGCAGGACCCGCUGGAGUACCUGCAGUCGGACGAGGAGGACGACGAGAAGAGCGGCGCGCAGCGGCGGCUGCAGGAGCAGCGGGAGCGGCUGCACGGGGCGCUGGCGCUCAUCGAGCUGGCCAACCUGACCGGCGCGCCGCUCCGCCAGUAGCCCGCACACGGACCCCCCUACUGUACAAAAGUACUGCCCGGCGUACUUAAAAAGUAGAUCCUUGGGCAUAAGCUAAGCACCUUACUUGCUUAUCAUAGGCUGCUAUUCUGUAGAAAUGUAUGAAGAAUGUCAUUGCCCCAGAAUACGGGGCGAGAGAGAAUUGCACUUUUUUUUUUAUAUGGUAAUGGAUUUGUUGUAAAGUUUAAACUAUUUUUGUAAAUAUGGGACUUCUAGUACAGGGUAGAAAAGAAAAAAGACUACGUAUUGUGGGAAGCUAGAUUUUGCAAGUUUAAUGCAUUCAUUGGAAGCAGUUCUCACAGGAAGCACUUUCUGAAUAAGACACUUGGGUGGA